CAACUUUUAGUUCGAGACAUUUAUAUUUCUAAACAAACACAUACUGUUUAUCAGGUAUAUAAAUUGCGUUUAUUAGGCGAACAUUAUAAUUGCAUUUGCUGUUGCAUAAAAAUGAUUCUAAGUUUGGUUUUAGCUUUCGGUGUCCUAUCAGUUGCAUCAGGUUGUGGUACUCCUAGAUAUCAACAAGGUAGAGUAAUUGGUGGAACAACACCAGUACGAGGCUCUUGGCCAUGGCAAGUACUUAUGAUAACCAAUAACCAACCAGGUUGUGGUGGAACUCUAAUUGCUCCAAAUUGGGUACUUACGGCCGCUCACUGCGUACACCAAACAUAUCCUCAACAGCACAUUUUACGUGGAGGUGAACACAACAUAAACAUCCGAGAGGGAUCCGAAGAAGAUAUUCCAGCUUCAGCAUUGUUUACACAUCCAGGAUACAAUCCACGGACCAUGGAUAACGACAUAGCUCUUAUUAAACUUUCCCGAUCAUUCAGAUCAAGUGACUUCGUAUCCACCGCUUGUUUACCAACAGUAGAGGCUCCAGCUGGAACACCGUGUUAUAUAACUGGAUGGGGAAAAAUUGCACAUCCAGGACAAAUGACACACCUCCUUCAACAAGGAAACAUGAAUGUCGUUGAUAGACGUGUAUGCCACAAUAUGAACUCAAAAAACUUACCUUGGCCUGUAACUAAUUCUAUGGUGUGCGCAGGAGAUGGUGGAAGGAGUCGCAUGUCUGGAUGUCACGGUGAUAGUGGCGGUCCAUUUGUCUGUAAUAGAGGAGGAAGAUGGGAAGUGCACGGUGCCGUUAGCCACGGAUCCAGUGAUUGUCGCUCAGACAAAACUUACACUGUUUUUGCUAAUGUUGUUUACUUUAGAUCAUGGAUCGAUGUCACUAUGAGAAGAUAAAAAAUGCAAUAAAAAUUGUUAGUUUAAUUAUCGAACAUGAAAAAUAUAUUUUAGUUGUUAA